AUGAGUUAAAGUAAUCCAAAAAUAUUUGGUAAUAGAUUCAUAUAGAAGAAAAAAUUAUCUCAAGGUUCAUUUGGAAUUGUAUAUUUGGUGUUUGACAGAGCAACAAAUACAGAAUGUGCUUUGAAAGUAGAAAAAGAGGAAAAUGAAGAAAUAAAAACUUUAGAAAGAGAAAUAGAGAUUCUAAUAUAAUUAGAUAAUAUAUUAGGAAUUCCGAAACUUAUAUGGCAUGGAACAGAUGGAUAAAUGUAAAUAAUGGCAAUAGAAUUAUUGGGGAAAGAUUUAUCAUAUUACUUUAAAUAAUAUAAGAAAUUUUCUUUGAAAUGUUGUUUAUAAGUUUGUUAUGAUUGUUUAGAAAUUUUAGAAAAUAUUCACAAAAAAUUUAUAAUUCAUAGAGAUUUGAAACCAGAGAAUAUAAUGAUGUCAAAAGAAUUAGAUUAAAUAUAUAUUGUAGAUUUCGGUAUAAGCAAGAUAUAUUUUGAAGCCGAUCAUAUGUAGAUAUAAUUUUUAACUAAGUUCUUUAAAGACUUUUUAGAGAAGACAAAGAAUUUGUUGGUACCACUAGAUAUGCUUCAAUAGCUGCUCAUAAAGGAUAUGAAUUAAGUAGAAAAGAUGAUUUAGAGUCUCUCUUUUAUGUUAUAAUAUAUUUUUUAAGAGGUAAUCUUCCAUGGUAGAAUAUGCCUGUGGAAGAUAGUGAAAGAAACAGAUUAGUAGGAGAAAUGAAACAAACUAUUCCAUUAGCAGAAUUAAUAGGAAAUAAAUUACCAGAAUUAAUUAAAGCUUUUUCAUAUAUAAGAAAACUAAAAUUUGAAGAAAAACCAAAUUAUGAGUUUAUUAUAAAUUUGAUUAAAGAAGCAGCUGAAAAUAAUAAUAUUAAAUUGGAUGGAUAUUAUGAUUGGAAUGGAGGAGUAAAAUUUAGUAAAAAGUUAUCAGAAUCUAAAUUAUCCUAAGAUAAAAAAGAAUUAAAUUCACCUAAAUAAAUCAAAAGCACAUCUAAAAUAUCUAAUUAAAUGAUUUGGUCCCUCUAAGAUAAUUCCAUGUAAAUUUACAUUAUAUAAUAGUCCUUAAUCUUAAAAGAAUUUAUUAGCUCCACCAGAUAAAUACAAUAGAGGGGAAGUUCGUCAUUUAACAAGUUCUUCUAAUAAUUCUUUUGUUAUGGGAUCACAUAGUUCAAUUAGAUUGAAAUACUUACCAUCAUAAAUGAAUAAUAAAACAAAUAAAGUAUUAAAGAGUGUUGUUUCUAUUGAAUUUAUUUCAAAUUAAGAAUCAAUUUAUAAUGAAUAGAUGGAUGAAAACUUUGAUGAUUAUCCUUUAUAUUAAAAAUACAUUUAAACUAAUUAAAUGUUAGAAAUGUAAAAGUUUAUUUAAUUAUUAGGACUUUCAAAAGAUUAAAUAAAUUUAAUUGUUCUACAUAUAAAUCAAGUUGA